AAAAUAGCAACAAUUGUAAGAGAGAACAACCGAACAUAUACUUUGAAGACUCAAUAACAUCUUGGAGAACGGGCGACCAUGUCCAAGGAGUCACCCUGGCUUGCGCGUUUAUCAACACCAGUUACAGCACCUUCCGCAGGGUUGGAAUGCGUAGCGGCAGUCUGCGCGAUCCCCGGGCAGCAGCCUUCCCAGAUACCAUCAAGACCGUUCUUCAGAAGUCCUUGUGUAUCCGCACUGGCUCCCAGCUUGGGAAUCGAGGAUGAAGCCAUGGACUUCGCUUGGUCGACAGCACGCGCUUCACACGAUAAAGGUCAACUUUACCGCACCGAUUUCUCCCCGGAGGCGCUUACUGCUGCUUUCGUCUCGAAGUACAUCACUUGUCUGGAAGAACCACAAUCCUUAAUCAUCACUUCGAGUCUCAGCGUACGAGGCGCAUGCGUUCCGUUGAACAGAGACGAGUACAGGCAGUUGGAGGGGUUUGAAUGGACUGCAUGCUCUGAGUGUACUCAGCAUGAGAGUAAUGCACGGCUUCGUGACGAUUGGGUGGAGAGGUAUCCAAGUCGCCGCCCGUCAUUGCCAAGUGCAAAGGAGUUGAAGUUCAGCCGUGAGAAGACAUGCGAUACUAGUCUGUUACGUGAAGGACCAGCGAAAGUCGAAGAGGUCAAGUUCGAAGAAAGAGAGCGUGCAAAGGAGAGGCUCGAUCUGUUAUUUAAUCACUUCUACGAAGCCAGAUGAAGCGUGGCUAGGGUGAGCUGCGUGGUGAUAAGGCCUGUCAUUUCUUUUCAAAGUUGCACACGAAGGGGUCGUUUUGGUAUUCGGG